AUGAGCUCCUAUAAAUGGGGAAACGAUACAACAACUAAAGUGGGGGCUUCCACUUUACCUGAAAACACAAAGCUGUCCAGCAACAAGACCGUAAGGAGGAUUCGUGUUCAUGGUGGAAACGUGAAGUGGCAUGCACUGAGUCUUGACACAGGAAACUACUCAUGGGGAAGUGAGGCCGUGACUCGGAAUACCAUGAUUUUGGAUGUGGUGUAUAAUGCAUCUAAUAAUGAGUUUGUUCGUACUCAAACUUUGGUGAAGAGUGCCAUUGUUCAGGUUGAUGCUGCUCCAUUCAAGCAGCGGUAUCUCCAGCACUAUGGUGUUGACAUUGGUCACAAGAAGAAAGAAAUUGCUGGAGGAACCAAAAAAGAGGGAGAGGAAGGUGAAACUGCUACAGAAGAGGUGAAGAAGAGCAACCAUGUCUUGAGGAAGCUGGAGAAGCGUCAACAGAAUCGCAAGCUUGACUCUUAUAUUGAGGACCAAUUCAGUAGUGGUCGUUUAUUGGCUUACAUUUCUUCACAACCUGGCCAGUGUGGUCGUGUUGAUGGGUAUAUCAUGGAGGGCAAAGAGCUAGAAUUCUACAUGAAAAAGAUCCAGAAAAACAAGGAAAAGAGAUCAGUUAUCCACGCCAACUCAUUCGCAGAUAUAAUUGUUGUCGAGGCUGCCCCCACUCAAUCAAAUUGA